GCAUCCAUCCCAGCCCCGCCUUUGUCCAGGGCUAUAAAUAGGGGACUGACGGGGAUCCCCAGAUACCAGUACUUGGAGAUUCAUCUGGCACCUGUGGGCAGCCUCCACUCCCAGUAGCAAUGGGGAAAAGGGGCUUCUCUCUGAUCCUCGCCUUGGGUCUUGUGACCCUCAGCACCUCUUCAGAGAAAAAGUGCAUCCUGUCUGGAGUCUGGCAGAAUGACCUGGGCUCUAAUAUGACCAUCUCUGCCGUGAACGAGGCCGGGCAGUUCUCUGGGUUGUACCUCACAGCGGUAUCAGGCGCAGAAAAGCCGAUCCUUGUGUCGCCGAUAAACGGAUCCCAGCACAUCGACAGCCUGGAGCAGCCGACCUUCGGGUUCACCGUCCAGUGGACCUUCUCAGACUCAACGACUGUCUUUGUGGGCCAGUGCUUCGUGGAUAAGCAUGGGAAGGAAACUCUGCAGACCAUGUGGCUGCUGCGAGUGAAGGCCAGAUCUGCAGAGAAUAACUGGAAUGCAACCAUGGUCGGCACAAACAUUUUCACCCGGAUCAAGGGGCAGAACUUGAGUGAAUCCAUGAGAAGUGACCUGUAACCAGUGAUCCCAGCAGCACCGUGACCCCACUCUGCAGCCCCAGAGCUCCUGGCGCCCCCCAGAAUUGUUCUGGGCACUCUCUCUCGAGAGCAUCUCGCCUAGUGUCAGGGCUGUUUGCUGAGCUGCAGGGUCACCCGUCUCUGUCUCCAUCUCCCCUCUCUCUCCAGUUACCCCCCACCUAGAAUCACUGCCUGCGGCCCCCACGCUGCAGUUUAGUUCCUUCCCCAGUAAAGUUCUAGCGUGGGAGACACACUCUUCCCUUCUGUUUCUCCUUUAUCUCCAGGUCUUUCCGUUCCAAUAGUCUCUGGUGCUCUCUCUCCUUUUCUGCAACCUGCAGCCUAACUUUGCAAUGGCUUCACUGCUGUCAAUCAUUUUCCUGCUUUUCUGUCCCUACCUCCCUUUCCCAAAAUGAGCAAUUCAAAAAUAACAAACUCCUCCUACUAUCCUUUACAUCUUUACACCUGUGUAUGAAGUGCACAUCUUGCUCAGUACAACAAGCUGUGUAUCUCACCCUGCUCGCUGCACCUCUGUGACGGGGUCUGUGGGUCCACUGAGCCCCCUGAACUCUCUCUCACCUGGGCUGUCUCUCACAAUGCCUUGCUAGUGACCAGCAGCAAAUGCCUCCAGGUGGUGGUAUCACUCAGCAUCACCGCACGUGGAGCCCCACAUCCAGCUCUAGUGCAUGAAUCACCCAGAGAAAGGCACGAGGACCAAGAACUUUCCCAUCACUGUUGGUGAAUGAUUCCAUUUAACCAAUUCUAGCUCUCAUCUCUAUUUAUUUCUUUUUAUGAAUAAACCUUUAGAUUUUA